AUGAGCUAGGGUGGCAGUUAUCAAUUAGAAGUGUUCAGAGGUAGAAUGAAACUCAAGACUACGUCAUCAUAAGGAGGGAGACUCUAUUAAUUAAGAGUCUCUGUUUGUCAGUAGGUAUGAUUGAUCAAGUUUAUGUAGGAGAUUGUUUUGGUAAUUUUUAUGUAUCUUCAAUUAUAAAAGUUUGGGAAUUUUGGUUCAACUUUUUGGGUGUCUUAGUACUCAUUAUUUUUAAUUAAUAUUAUGUAGAAAUUUGAUAAGGAGAGAUAUUUUCAUAAGAGUCCAGAAUAAGUAUUUGUAGUUUAUUUAUCAGAUAAGAAGGGAGAAACUUGACAUGAAGAUGCAAAAUGUUAAAGAUGAUCAACAAAAUGGUGUCGUUAAGUAUUUCAUGAAACACAAAAGUUCGGAUUAACUGUAGUCUCCCGUUCAUAAUGUUCAAUACUAUAGUAAUAAAGACAAACCAAAAAUGGUACUUUAUCGCACUCUCCAGAAAGUCCAAGUCGAACCUGAAGUUAGGAUCGAUGAAGUUAAGGAAUUAAGAUGGCGUGUAUUAUCCAAAAAUUGCCAGAAUUUAUUAGAAUUAAGUAGGAUUGCCCUUGAUAAACUGAGUGAAUUUAAGUUUGUUUCGCCAACACCUUAACCUUCGAAACCAGCAUCGAAUCCUAAAAUUAAAUUUCUUUCCAAAAGACAUUCUAUUGAACUUCGUUUAGGAGAUAUCACUACUCCGCCUCCAUCACAACCUAAACCAGCUCCAAAAAUACUGUAAGAUCCCUUCUAUGCCAAAUUUAAGAAAUUUUAUCAAAAAAUUGGGUUGCAAGUUAAGGAGCCUAAUAAAUUUAAUCUCAAUCAAGAUGAUAGAUAAACUUUACAGAGUUCUGAAAAAUAAACUCAUAAGAAACACAGAAGUUUGCAUGUCUCUCCAUAAUAAUCAAGCUUGAAUUUCUCUCAAAAGAAACCAAAGAAUGCGUAUUUUCUUUAAGAACUCUUAAAAGUGUCCUCCAACGCUUACAGAUUUUAAGUCAGUUUAAAAAAGGACCAAUCAGAAAAUAUUGAAGAAACUAGUCAAAAGGUCAAUAACAUAUAGUCAGAUUUUGACAAGUUCCAUAAGUUAUUAAAUUAGUCUGACUCAUUUUGA